UCUUGUCAUCUCAGAAGAGUUUUCUCUAAUCGCUUCACGUUAUAAAUCGAAUGCGUUUCGGGACGAGGCAUGCCUCGAAUCGGAAAUCAGACCCACCCGCCCCAGGAUCUCCUCAAUCACGGGGACACAUUUCGGCAGAACUUGCAUACCACUAGCGGGGCUCCAGAAGCCUGAGGCUCAUUUCUCCACACUAUCGCGCUUACAAUCAGGGGAUGCGGAGUCAAUCUGGAGCCCCGAAACCAGACCUUGUACAGCAAAGCCAAUCACAAGUUCUAACUUGGUGCUCUGACCUGGCUAUCGUGCUGUCAUGAUUCGAAGAUGCAGGAAAAGCCCUUGUAGUGGUCAAAAUCUGAUUCGGAAUUCGCAGGAAAAUUCUCACUUUCAGGUCACGAUGGAUCGAUAGUGUGCGCAUACGCAUAUGGUUUUCGGUAUAAGAAGGGCUGGUCGCCAGUCUCAGAUUUGCUCAUCCACGUUCACGCAUCGGCUCUGCGGGUAAACGGUGACCGAAUAACUUCCACCAUGGACACGACUGCUCCCAACGCAUCCGUGACUUCGGCGCAGAUCCGAACAGAGGAGGCAUACAAGAACAGGUGGAGGUCGUUGAUGCGUAACCCCAAACUUCUUUUCAUCGCAUUCUUCGCUUCUUUUGGAGGUUUCGAAUAUGGCUACCAGCAGGGUGUCCUUGGCCAGUCAUUGGUCAUGCACCGUUUCGUCGACAACUUCCCUUCCGUCGUAAACUCUUCCUCUGCUACUGGAUGGCUCACAUCUAUCCUCCAACUCGGUGGUAUCCUCGGUUCACUCUCUGCCGGUGUGCUCGGGGAGAUCUUCUCUCGGAAGUACACCAUGUUUAUGGCUUGCUGUUGGGUUGUCCUCGGGUCCUAUCUCUACAUUGGAGCGGGCUUUCACAAGCCUUCACUGCUUUACGCGGGACGUCUCUUCACCGGUGUUGGCGUUGGCACUUUCUCGGGAGUUGGUCCCCUUUAUAACGCUGAGAUUGCCGCCCCUGAACUUCGUGGUCUUAUUGUCUCUUUCUACCAAUUUGCCACCAUCUUGGGUAUCAUGCUAUCGUUCUGGAUCGGCUAUGGAUCAAAUUUCAUUGGCGGUAUUGGCGAAGGUCAAAGCAACUUGGCCUGGAUGUUGCCCUCCAUUGUCCAGGGUAUUCCCGCCGCUAUUCUCGCUAUCGGCAUAUGGUGGCUCCCGUUUUCCCCUCGAUGGUUGGUGAAGAAGGGCCGCGACGAGGAAGCGCUCAAAACACUCGCCUCCCUCCGCAAACUUCCCACGGACCACGAAUUCGUACAGAGUGAAUACAAGGAAAUCAAAGCCGAGGCUUUGUUUGAGCAGCGUAAUUUCGCCAAGCAUUUCCCCAACCUCGCCGCCAAGGAAUCCGGCAGUCUUCUCGCCCGCGAAUUCGCCCAAUACUACCAAAUCGUCCGCACCUGGGACAACUUUAAGAGGGUGUCCACGGCUUGGCUAGUUAUGUUCUUUCAGCAGUGGAGCGGAAUUGACGCCAUAAUUUACUACGCUUCGAGCGUUUUCUUGUCUCUGGGUCUCACAGGAGGCACACAAGCUCUAUUGGCAACAGGCGUAACCGGCGUUGUGUUCUUCGUCAGCACGCUCCCUGCUAUGGCCGUGAUUGACAAAUUUGGCCGCAAACCUAUGCUCCAAGUAGGUUCCAUAGUCAUGUUAUGCUCCAUGGUAAUUGCCGGCAUCAUGGUAGCCAAAUUCAGGCACGAUUGGGUCACCUACUCAACUCAGGGCUGGGUAGUCGUAGCUUUUAUCUGGAUCUACGUUGGCGCAUUCGGAGCUACAUGGGGCCCGGUAUCUUGGACUCUUGUUUCUGAGAUCUUUCCCCUCUCGAUUCGUGCUAAGGGUGUUUCCAUCGGCGCCUCGUCGAAUUGGCUGAACAACUUCGCGGUCGCCUUUUACGUUCCCGCUAUGCUGGAGAGCUGGGCUUGGGGAACUUAUAUUUUCUUUGCGGUUUUCCUAGCUGCGGGAAUGGUGUGGGUGCAUUUCCAGUUGCCUGAGACCAAAGGUACUACGUUGGAGGAAAUGGAUCGCGUAUUCGGGAGUCGCACCGGUGCUGAGGAUGCUAUCUUGCUCGCGGAAGCGAGGCGCGAUGUUGGUUUGGGUAUGACGCUUGCAGAUGACGCUGGAAAGGGCGGCGAGAAGGGUGUCUCCACGGUUGAGGAGGUUUGAAGGAGUUGUUGAAUUUGGAGCCUGUCCGUUUGGGGAGUCGUUUCCAAUGGUGGCACAUCCCACAACUAAAAUAUAUUACAAAACAGUGUCGCUUGCUUGAGUGCCGAUUACCAUUAGUAUUAAUAUCAUGCCUCUGUGGCUGUGCAAUCUUGUGUUGAUAUCGCUCCGUAGAUGGAAAAGUGGAUGGAAAAGUAGAUGGAAAAACCAUCAUCGUACACAGCAACAUAGAAAAGUUUUGUCCACUGUAGAAAAAUACCACCCAUU